GGAGAACCACAAUUUGAAAAGCAAACCAGUUGACCAAAGCCAUUAAACCCAAACCCAUCCGGACUCUUCGAGAGAGAAAGAGGCGAAAAAUAAACGCAGAAUUUCCGACUCCCCGAUGCCGCCCAUCUCCCUCCUCCCCCUCCUCCUCCUCCUCCUCCUCGCCGGCGCCGCGGCGGCGGCCCCGGCCCCGGCGGAGCCCCCGACCCCGACCCCGGCUCCCCCGCCUCCGCCGGCGAAGAACAAGACCAUCUACGAGCUCCUCCCGCUCUUCGGCCUCCCCGCGGGCGUCUUCCCGGCCAACGUCACCGCCUUCUCGCUCGCCGGCAACGGCAGCCUCGCCGUGGACCUCGCGGGGCCCUGCUACGUGCACUUCGAGUACCUCACCUACUUCGAGCCCCGCGUCACGGGGGUCCUCCGCUACGGCUCCCUCACCGAGCUGGAGGGCGUGCAGGUCCGCCGCUUCCUCGUCUGGUUCAGCGUCGUCCGCGUCAAGGUCGACCUGCCCCCGCCCCCGCGCUUCGUCUACCUCGACAUCGGCUGGAUCACCCGCAAGCUCCCCGCCGCCGACUUCCAGUCCGUCCACGCCUGCGAGGCCGGCAAGCGGCGGAGGAGGUGCCGCCUCCCCUCCGCGCUCGCCGCCGCCGCCGCCUGGUUCCAGGACUUCUUUGCCCAAUUUUAGGGGAUGCAGAAGGUCUAAUUUUGUGGCAGCAUCACACGAGCUUACGGCCUUCCGCGUCCUAAAGGAAUUGGAGCGCUACACUCCCAUUUGUUGAUUGUUACACACGGUGUAUGUCUCUACGAGUACUCGACGCUGCUGUCUGAGCUCUACAUUUGUUCGAGAGACGCACGAUCUUUAAGAAAGAUUUGUAUUGGUUAUUUUAGUCCGAACCGAUCAUGCUGUGUGCUCCACGCUUCGAUACAAUAGCACUUCAGUAGUGGCAUGUAAUAUCAUUUUGUUGGAACUUUAAAAGGUCUCCACAGAAGUUUCCUCCUUGCGUGUUAAUAGCAGCAACCACUCUGGUGUGCAAUAAGCGAACCUGUCUCUGUAAAACUCAAGAACCAAGCCCUGAGACUCUCAGCAGGAGUACAUUUUGUGCUCGGAAACUAAAACAGAACUGCAUGGCAUAUA